UGUUUAUUCCAGUUCCCCUGUUCAAAUUCGUGGCUACACCAUAUCACCGUGGGUUUUUCUGUGAUGAUGAAAGUUUGCAGCACCCAUACAAAACUGGUACAAUACACACAGCAGUCGUGUGGACCAUUGGAUUUGGUUUAACUAUUUUCUCAAUUAUGGUCUGUGAAGCUCUUCUUUACCAGACAAAGCGUAAGCGAAACAUACCAUGCAAACGAUAUAUGGUGGGUGGGAAAGUCAUCCAUUCCUACCUGUGGAUAAACUAUAAAUUUAUAGGAGCAUUCUUGUUUGGCGCUGCCGUUAGCCAAACCACCACUGAUAUAGCCAAGUAUAUGGUUGGGAGAUUGAGGCCACACUGGUUUGACGUGUGCAAACCCGACUUCACCAAGCUUGAAUGCAUAAAGGAUGGCAUUAUGCAGUACAUUGAUGCAGACGUCUGCACUGGGGAAGAUCAUGAACUAAUAAGAGAGGCCAGGCUUUCCUUUAUGUCUGGCCAUGCAUCGCUUGCCUUCUACUGCAUGCUGUAUUUUGCCUUGUAUCUGCAAGCGCGCAUGACAUGGAGUGGCAGUCGUCUACUUAAAUACACACUGCAGGUGUGUGCGUUGUUCCUUGCCUACGGCACAGCUCUGUCACGCAUCUCAGACUACAAGCAUCACUGGAGCGACGUACUGGCCGGGUCCAUCCAGGGCAUAUGUGUUGCCAUCAUUGCUGUAUUUGUGUUCUCUGACUUGUUCAAGAAGACAGCUGUGAGAAGCAUUUCCACGGAAACAACAGAGCUCGUGAGGGCUAGUGAUGUCAAUUCUGUGUCUGACUCCUUUGAAGCCUUUUAAAUGUACUACAUCCGUUUGAUUUGAGUCUUGUUGCAUAGUGUCAACAUGUGAGGGGGCAUGAAGCAGCUCACCGACAUUUUUACCUCAUGACACAAUGUCAGGACCAGUAUCAUAUGUUUUGACAAAAUGUAUGUGAUUUAUCUGCAUGCUGGAACUUUACCCACCUUUAUAAAAUGAUAUUUCUUGAUAUUGAUCCAAGCAGUGGUUUUAACCAAUACAAUUAAUUUAUUUUUUUAUGUUAUGAAUAGAUUUUAAUAGUUGGUAACAUUCGCGUAAUCUCUAUAUCAGAUAAGACACGCACAAAAAAACCCAAUUGAGAUUUUUAAACGGGGACACGUCUAUUCUUGACACUUGGAAAUCCAUCGUAUUUGUAACAGCCCCAAUUAUUUGUGGGUUGUGUGGAGCAAAGUCCUAGAUGACCAGUUAGUUAUUGACAGCUUCCAUAUUUAUUAUAUAAGUGGAGUACUGCUGCGUUACAACAAUAGGUGGCAUUGGGUACCACAAAAAAAACCUCAUAAAGGUUACUUUACAAAGCCCAAAGGAUUAUGGAUAGUCUGAGUCGAAAACGGAGAGAGACAAAGUCGAUCAAAUAGAAAGAUCAACACUGGGUGUUGCAGUAGAAAAACCUUCAAUUUCACAAUUAACUAAAGAAAAAUAUUCCAAUAAUGAAUAUGGAAUGACAGAAAUAAAACAGAAGUACAUGUCGAAAGCAAUUUAAA